UACUAGGCUAUUAUUUUGCAUUUAAGAACACUAAGCUAUUAUUUUGCAUUUAGGAAUACUAAUAUUAUUUUGCAUUUAAGAAUAUUAAGUUAUUCUCUUGCAUUUAGGAAACAAGGCUAUUAUUUUGCAUUUAGGAAACUAGGCUAUUAUUUUGCAUUUAGGAAACAAGGCUAUUAUUUUGCAUUUAGGAAACUAGGCUAUUAUUUUGCAUUUAGGAACACUAAGCUAUUAUUUUGCAUUUAAGAAAACUAGUCUAUUAUUUUGUAGAAUUUUUUUUUCUUAAGAGGAAUUAAUAUACCUCUCGUGAACAAUUUUAUUUAUCAAUGAUGCGUUUUUAAUGGAUACUGUGCUAUAGGCUAUCAUCUUACCCAAUUUAUAAGUGUUUAUAAGUGGAAAAAGCUUGAUGUUCUGUACUGUUUUAGCACUUGUAGGGGAUGUGUGGCAUUUUUCAAGGUAUUUUAUUUGUAACAUUUCCAAUAAAUCAGGAUCUUCAUAUAGUUUUGUUUUACCUUUACGCAAAGUUCACUAUUACAAACUUUAAUAUAGGGGUCACGGUAAUGCCCUGGGCCCGUAUUCUACAUACCGUCAUAACUUCUUCUGACGGUCAUAGCGGAACAAAAUGGCGCAUUUCAGACAUAACUCCGUCAGAAACUCUUAUGGUCGACCAUAAACUCUUAUGGACGACCAUAAAAUUGCGCGGGACGCUGAGGUCGGGUUCACCCUGUCAUAACUCUGCUUAUGACCGUCAGAAGCGCGUCAACAUGGCAGCCCCACGUCAACACGCUCCCCAGCCUUUUCGAAGAAGAGACGUACUGAACGAGCUCAGCGAUGCUGAGCUUAUCAGGAGAUACAGACUUGACAAGGAAGGUAUUUUGUACGUCACUGAUCUUGUGAGGGAAGCCUUGUCAAGUGACACCAAGAGGAGAAACCCACUCACCCCGGAGAUGAAGGUGAUCAUCACACUGCGGUAUCUUGCCACGGGAAAAAUGCAAAUGUGUAGCAGCGACGACCUCGGCCCAUCACAGCCCAGCAUCAGCAGAGCCAUCACCCAGACCAUUGACGCCCUUGCAAACGUCAAUAUUCUCAAGCAGUUCAUCAGCUUCCCCACCACCCAAGACGUUACUGAGGCGAACAAGGCAGACUUCCUCACCAUUGCAAAUUUUCCCGGGGUUAUUGGUGUCGUUGAUGGGACACACGUAAGGAUUGUGGCACCAAAGGAGGAGGAAGACGUGUUUGUCAACCGCAAGGGAUAUCACAGUAUUAAUGUGCAGGUCAUAUUCGAUGCCAACUAUCGAAUACUGGAUAUCCUAGCGAAGUGGCCUGGCUCAGUGCAUGAUGCACGUAUUUUGAAUGGCUGUGGAGUGGCAGAAUUGUUCCAGAGAGGGCAUGUGCCACCAGGUAGUCACUUGUUGGGAGACAGUGGCUAUCCCAGCAAGCCAUGGCUCCUGACACCUUACCUGCGACCUCUGCCUGGACCUCAGUCACGCUAUAAUAGGGCCCACAAACGGACACGGAGUGUUGUGGAACGGGGAAUAGGACAGCUCAAGCGCCGCUUUCAUGUCCUACACAGCGAGGUCCGAGUAACUCCCCCGGUGAAGGUGUGCAAGCUGAUACAUGUAUGCGGCAUGCUCCACAACAUCUGCAAGGACAGGAAUAUUCCCAUUCCUCUCGAUGCGGCUCAACCUAACGCUGAAGAAGUGGAUCUUGCCAUGGCACAACCUGAAGGUGUGCAAGUUGUGCCGCCACUUCCAGCUGGUCAGCGGAAUGAAGGUCGCCUGUAUCGAGAUGAAUUCUGCAACUUGCAUUUCCACAAUGAAGACUGAAACCCGUUCCUCAGCACGACUGGACAAGUACAUGCCAAGCUGCCUCCCGUGCCCUUUCAGCUGCCUCCUGCGCCCUUGCAGCUGCCUCCUGCGCCCUUGCAGCUCCUGUGAAGGCCCGAGCACAAGCCGCCACCUCCUCUGCAGCUGCCUUCAUGGCCCGUGCAGCCUCCUCCCCAGCCUGUGCAGCUGCUGCUGUAGCUCUUGAAGCUACAGCCUCCUCCUCAGCAGCUGCCACCUUUGCUUGAGCAGCUGCUGCAUCAUCCUCAGCUGGCACCUUCCCCCAGGCACCCCCCUCAGUUUGUGGCUGCAGGGUGGGCUCAGGCACAAUUAUUACUGUUGGUGCCUCAGCACCUCCCUGACCUACAAUGAGCUGGCUCGCUGGCUCUGCUGCGUCUUCACUGCAAGUAAUGUAUAAAGUCAUGAAAUGGGUGUACAAAUGAGCAGUUAUAAACUAAUGCAGAUCUGC